AUGCCGCCAGGAGGAGGAGGUGGAGGCGAGCAUGGCUGUGCGCUGCAGGGUCAGCCGACGGCGACCGUCCGCCGCGACGACGACGCUCCGUCUCAUUCUACGCUGCUGCUCCCCGACAUUGCUCCGGUAGCUUCCGAGGAGAAGAAGCAGAAGCUGGAGCGGGAGCAGGAGCAGCAGCCUGCGCCAAGCCUCCCCGAGGGCGGCCUCGUGGAGAUCCUUUCGCGAGUGCCCUACAGGUCCCUCUGCCGCUUCAAGUGCGUGUCCAAGCCGUGGCUCGCCCUCUGCUCCGCCCCUGACAUCCGCAAGAGGUCGCCACAGACCCUCUCUGGCUUCUUUUACCAGGAUGAAGGCGAAGGUUUCAGUUUCUGCAAUUUGAAUGGGAGAGGCCCGCCUCUGGUCGACCCUUCACUCUCUUUCUUUGGCAAAAGGUACCUCUACAUUAUUGUCCAACAGGUCUGCGGCGGACUCCUCCUCUGCAGCUGCUCGAAUAAUCUUCUAGGCGAAGCCUGUUAUCUUGUCUGCAAUCCUGCGACCGAGGAGUGGACUGUGCUGCCUCCUGUCGGAUUUCCAGGUCCUGAUCCAAUCGCUUUCUUAGGUUUUGACCCUGCUGUUCCAUCCCGCUUUGUGGUGUUUGCGCCCCAGCCCAAUAUGUUUGGUGUGGACGGUUCCGGAGAAGUGGCAAUCUACUCGUCAGAAACUGGACGGUGGACUCAUGUGCAAAGUAGGUGGACAAGAGAGCCUCUCGUGGAUCAUGGUAGAGACACACAGGUCUUCCUUAAUGACACUAUCCAUCUGCCUUCCAUUGAUAACAUAAUGGCCACAGUCGACGUGGAGGGGAAAGUUUGGAGGGAGAUUCAAAUGCCAAAUGACUUGCCAAACAUAUGUGAUGUUGGGCAGUCUCAAGGACGCCUGUAUGCGUGGAAGACAGAUAAUUUUUAUGAUUGCCAACUCUAUAUUUGGGUCCUUGAGGAUUAUGAUACUGGAAAGUGGACCCUAAAGCACACUUUUAAGGUUUUGGAGUUGUUUGGAAGGAAUUGCCGUAAACAUGGAGAUUCUUAUGCGAUGUUUGCAAUUCAUCCGGAUUGCAACGUGAUUUUUCUUACCGACAAGAAGAACAUGACAUUGUCGUAUGACAUGGAUAAUCAAAAAGUGCAUGUUAUCUGCGCCAAAGGCAUGAAUGGUUUGCCUUAUACUCCCUGUUUUGCGGAAUUGCCCUCAGCUGGUCACUGAGAUCCAGUGCUACAUUACGUGCUCAGCAUGGGACAACACCUUUUGCUGAAAUUAGUGGUUGACAUGGGCCUACUCUCCUAAUUUCCUGGCAUUGCGUGGAGAAGUCCCAACUCCUAUGUCUACAGUCUUGAGUUCGGUGCAUAUGCCUUUGUUGCUUUGAACAAUGUUGUUAGCCAAACUUUGUAAGGGUGAGUGUACUAGUUAGUUGUAAGAAUCCACCUAGCCAUUUCAUCUGUUUGCUGUCAUGUAGCACUAGUUAUUGUGGCCAGUCGUUUGGGCCUGAUGUGGCUAA